AUGAAUCAAUUAGAUGACUUUGAUCAGAUUGGGUUCCAAUAAUCUUCUAGUCAAAACGCUAAUUUCGAUUUUGAUGGGAGUAUGAAGAAUAUCCAAGCCUCUGCAAAUCACAACAGAAAGAUGAAGGAAAAUACAAAAAAUACCUAUAUCAAAAAAAUUAGUUCACUUAUGAAAUUAUCUCCCACACAAGAAAAAAUUGAAGAGAAAUCAAUGUAAAUAGCAGAAAAAAAAUUAUUAACGAAACCAUUUUAAAGUCAAUAGCAAAUUAAUUAUAUUUCUCAAACAGAAAAGGAAGACAAAUUAGCUAAGAAUAGAGAGUCAGCUAGAAAUAGCAGAAAAAGAAAGAAAAUAUAUCUUGAAUUACUUGAAAACAAAGUGACUAAGCUAUCAGAAUAAUUAGAUUUAUUUAAAGAUGUUAAUGAUAAAACCUAUAGUUUGGCAUAAAAUUUGUAAAUUAAAUUGACACAAGUAAGUAAUUACAAUACACCCCUAGAAAAAAGAACAAGAUCAAACAAAGUGUAUUUUGUUCAACAACCUACAAACGUCCUUGUAAAAUAAUGCAUCGGAAGCAAAUGUUGAUUCAAUAAUAGACUCUUUAAAUGUAAGUUAUUCCUUAAUUUAGAAAAAAUUCGGUUCAGCCUCUCAAGAAAGAUAAUUCUUAAUUGAUCAUUAUGCAAGAUAGAUAAACGAAAAUUGUUUGGCUCCUUUUUGCAAUUAUAUCAUUUAAAUAGCUAAGAAACAAGAUGAUAUCUUCGCUUAAAAUGAAUAGUAAUGCAUACUAUUAUAAUAGAAAUAUGAAUCUUAAUUUAUUAACUUAAUUGAAAUUGGCAGAUAAAUAGAAAUAAAUACUUUUGAAAAAAUAAUAAAAAUUAGCGAAGCAUUAUCAGGAUAUCUCAAAGUAUAUGCAAAUAUCUUAUGUUAGUGCUGUUACUUAAAUUAUGGAUACAAAAUCUUAGAUCUAAAAAGAACUUGCUUCAUUUGAUUCAACUCUAGAUUAAUUGAGAAAUGAAUUAAGACCAUCCUAAGUGGCAAAAUUACUAUUAGCGAUUGAAAAGAAGGACAUGUAACAUAACUUUAAAGAAUCAUUCGAGAAAUUCUUUGGGCAUGAUAUCGAAGAGGAUGACUCUUUAGAUUUAUAUUAAUUUAUGACUGAACGAAAUCAAUGUAAUUCUCUUGGAAUUGACAUUUAAAAUACCUACGAUGUUUUUAGAGCUUCUCAUGACUUUCUUUUUGGCAAAAAUGAAGAAUUAGAAGUUAAUUAGAUUAAUAGUAAAGAUAUUUGA